UAGUAGGCCUUCGUUCUUUAAUUUCUUUCACAUCACACCAACCAAUCCGAUGAAAUAAUUAUUUUUAUGAACUGUUUCCUCAGCUAUUUAAGUCGUCACUCACGACUUGAUGUUCAUCACUACACUUCACUCAUCCAGAGCACUUAGUGUGACAAGAUUUACUUCUCAGAAUUGAAGCUGGUCUGCAAACAAAGGCCUUGACAUGGGUAAAGCCGAAAAGAAGACAGAAGAACUUGAUGUAAAAGAUGUUCAUCUAAAACUCCUGGAUGAUCUUGUCAACGUGAAUUCCCUACUCACUAUAGCUGUAUUUGUGGGCUUAUCCUUGGCUACGCCAGACAUUAAGAGCCUGGAUUCGAGACACGAGUGUCGUGCAGGUCCUAGAGAAGCCAAAAAGCUUGUUCUCUCUGAAGUUAUCGCAUUUUCUUGCUUCCUCUUGUCAAGCAUUGUUGCCAAGGUACUUAAGCUUCAUCUCUACCUUGACGGAGUUGGUAGUUAUGCCUUCACGAGGCCUCAUCUUGAUUUGAAGGAGUUCAUGUUAGCGUUAUCUGCAUGCGCGUCAGUUGCUGGGAUAGUUUCGGUGUCUCUUUCAAUUGUGUACAUAAUUGAAAUUCGAGUCGGGUUGCUCUCGUGUGGGUGUGCAGAAUCCACGGUUGCCGUGGUGGUUCUUGGCGUGCUUGUUGGGUUUGCUUUGCUCAUUUAUGUUGUUUCAGUGGCUAUAGCCAUUUACGCUUCUUAUAAAAGUGACCAUAAAAGUGACGAUGAGAAGCCUGAAAAUGGAGAAAACACAAACGGCCAAAAGUCCCCGACCACUGAGAACUUGACGAAGCAGGUUUAGCUAAUGAAAAUUAUAUAUAUAUUAUGUAUUGCAUAAUUAUGUGUGCUUUAAGUCUCAAGUCUCCAAAUACUUAGGACUUGACGAAGUAAGUUUAGCUAAUGAAAAUUUUAUGUAUUUCAUGUGCACGUAAUAAAGUGUGCUUUAAGGAUUUGACGAAGCAAGUUUAGCUAAUGAAAAUUUAAAUGAGUAAAUUUCAUAUGA